UGCUAAAUUUUAUCCUGUCACAGAAGACCCUCGUCUAGCAUGACUUUACAAGUGAUGAUAAUGUCAAGGUUCCAGAAAUACUAAAAAGAAAAUAUACGGCCCUGUUUUCUAUGGGAAAGUCGGUAGCGAUUGGUGGAGUGAAUAGGCAUCGCUGUGAUGUGGCGGUGGAACGGGACGGCUGGCAAUCGAAUAAAAGGGGGAAGGAGGAGCGAUUUCGCGCGUUGAUCAUAUUCCAAAAUUUCAGAGAAAUAAUAAAGUUCAGUACUUCAUUUCGCUCAGCAGACAAUUGAGCGAGUGGAUUUCUCUUUCCGAAACGACUGAGAUGUCCGUCAUGGGGAAGCCGGUUCUGUACUCUUAUUGGCGGAGCUCCUGUUCGUGGAGGGUACGAAUUGCUUUGAACCUGAAGGAGAUACCGUAUGACAUAAAACCUGUGAGCUUAGUAAAAGGUGGUGGAGAACAGCAUUGCAAUGAAUUUCGUGAAGUCAAUCCAAUGGAGCAAGUUCCUGCACUCCAUAUUGACAAUCAUACCUUGAUUGAGUCUCUAAACAUCUUACAAUAUUUGGAAGAGACCAGACCACAUCGUCCUUUAAUGCCUGCUGAUCCAGUGAAAAGAGCAAGAGUUAGAGAGAUUUGUGAAGUGAUUGCCAGUGGCAUUCAACCCUUGCAAAAUCUGGUUGUCUUAAUCUAUGUUGGCGAGGAACGUAAGAAGGAAUGGGCACAACACUGGAUCACUCGGGGCUUCACAGCUGUGGAGAAAUUAUUAUCCUCAAGUGCUGGUAAGUACUGUGUGGGAGACGAGAUAACGCUAGCAGAUUGUUGUUUGGUCCCACAAAUAUUUAACGCGAGAAGGUUUCACGUUGAUCUGAGACCCUUCCCGACUAUCUUGAGGGUAGAUCGUCAUUUAGAAAAUCACCCGGCAUUCACUGCCGCUCACCCCAAUAACCAGCCUGACUGUCCGCCGGAAGCGACCAAGUAGCAAGCGAGGCAGACCACCCUUUUCCUCUUCUAAAUUAAUAGAAGUACGAAAAGAGGUGGUCCGGAAACCAGUAGUUGGAAAGUGAUAAAAAGUGGAACUGGCCGAUUCGUUUGCAUUCUGGAGUUAUAAAGAAUUUUCUAUGAUGAAAAAAAAAGAAUAUAAAAUUAUCAUUUAUAAAAUGCAAGUAUGUCGUCGUCCCCUUAGAUUCGAAAAGAUGCUAAUUGAAAUCGUGAUAAUCAAAAAUGAUACUGCGCGGCAUUGAAACGAGCUUCGCUUAUUCAUUUAAUUUGAUGUAUAAUUUCUUGUUCGCGUGUCGUUUAGAGGAUCUCUGUGAUCAACAGACAGUGUGGCGGUAAGUGAUUGGAAAAAAAAUAUUAUUUUCUGCAGUUUUUUAUAAAAUCGCCUUAUCUACCCGAAGAUGGGUGAUAUGUUCACAGAGAUCUUGCUUGUCACUUCAAGUGCGAACGUUACGUCUGAUGAAUAUGAAAUGUAGUCUUAAGUGAAUUUCUACGAAUAUAAAAUUUCCUUAAAAAAAAGAAUAAAUCUCACUGGCCACCUUUUAUCGCUUGAAAGCUACAAUUGAGCACUGAAAUGGUUGCUAGUGGAACGAAUUACUGAAUAUCUGAAAAUGGUUUCUAACGGUACAUAAACCGAUCGAGCUCUACACUGUUGGUGUUUGCACAGUAAGACAAAAAAAUGGAAUUACCACGGCAACACCAUUUCUGAGCUUACAUAGGUAAUAGAGAUGUUGGCCUAUUUUUUAGUUUUGUUAUGUUUACUAUUUCUUUAUGUUCACGGUCAAAAUUACAAAAAUUCGUACAUGUACAAUAUUCGCAGAAUAUUUUGUAAAAUUUAUUAACCUAUUACAAAUAGGUUUUGUUGCCUGAAAUCAAAAGUUUACUUUUUAUACUUACGAUAAUAUUAUUUCAUAAUUAAUUCUGCAUUGCCUUGGUUAGGCAGUGUACAUCGCUAUGAAGGAAUAGGAUACCUAUAAGUUCUUUACUGAAGACGAAGAAGUUGUAUAAUCCAGUUUCAUGCGCAAUGGACUAAAAUUGAAAGAAUUGAACAUAAAUAAAAUAUCGAAAACAAAAAGAGAAUCCAUUCUGCUCAAAUCAUACCACGAUACCCGAGGAAUGAAAAGUACAAAACAUCUCCCGUUCUAGAGUUUUCCACUUAUAAGUACAUUUCAUUUCUCCCCGAAAAAACUUCUUUGUCGUACCGUGAAAGCUUAAGGGUUAAGAAUUUUUAAGAAUGCAUAGAUAUAAAUUCAAUUUCAGAUAUAUGUUUAAUAGCAUUCAAUGUGUUUCAUUUUAGUCUAAACUGUAGGGCAGUAGUGUGCUCAAAUUUGACAAUCUGCUAUUGGGCUUCGAUAACUUUUUAUACGAAUAGUUUUAUAAUGGACGAUAAAAUUAUUUUAAUUAGUAUCCUUUUGAAGAGGGUCAGUUACUAAACUGUUUUAUUUACAUUUUUUAAAAUAUUUUACUACAAUACAUUUGUACUUGCGAUUGUCCAUUCCAAUUCUUACAUAAAAAGGUAUAGUGUAUAUUAGUUAUAUCUUUGUUGUAACAAUUUGAAAUAAUUACUUAUGGUACUUGUAAGAAAAAUUUGCUAUCAAUUUUGAGCGCACUACACGUUGAGCACAAGUACUUCUUCCAGAAUGUAUUCUCAAGUAAACUGCUUAUUAUUGCUCCUGUUCUAUUUUAUAAGCCUUUUACAAAUGCUCUGCAAUUUUAUUACUAUUAUUUUAUAUAAAAUAUAUUUACCGACAUCAGUUCAAUGAAAUGAAAUGUAAAGAUAAAGUAGAGCGUACAGUUUCAGCCUGCAUUGACAUUUACUUUCAUUUUACUUAAACGAUUUCCACUAUCGCUCUGGCAUAUUGUCAAUGUUUUUGUAUUCCGUUCUACUUUUAUGUUAUUUUCUUAAAAUUGAAAGACGGAGGUAUAUUGCCGACUUACAGCAUAAUUAUGAUAUGCUUAUGAAAAGAUUUUAAUAUUAUUUGACUACACUAUUUAGGUAUCUAUAAUUUGACGUAUUCCAAGCUUAUUUCGUCAUGCGAUUUAUGUAUUUCAUUAUGUUUUGCUGUAAACAGGCAAUACUCCAUUACAUAAUGGAGAGUUUUUUUAAAGAAGGUUUACUCUUUUCAUUAUUUGUACUAAGAAGUCUGUUGUAACAAUUUUAGUAAGUUUAUCCUAUCGCAGUAUCCAUGAUGUAUGCACACUCGCCAAGGCCUAAUGGAACUAUGAAAUCUACUGUUCUUAGAGCAAACCAUUGUGAUAACAGAACAAAAACAUAACAAGUAAAUUUUUUUCCAUCGAGUCACAUUUAGACAAGACUGAAAAAGAACUCUCCAUUAUAUUUCUCACGCUCUGUAUUUUAUUAUUAAAGAGGUAAUUGGUUCCUACACAAAUAAAACAUAGCCAGGCAAAGUGACAAGAUCUAGGAUGAACAUUAGAAAUUAUAAGGAAAAUAAUAAUGGUUACAUUUAUUUACAGUUAUAGAAAUUUCCUAAUUCACCCAAUAUAAGUGAUACCUUUGUCAUACAAUUUCCAUAGACAGUCGUAAGAAGUUCUCUCUGAUAGUACAGUACAGAGCGCCAUGUAUUUAUUGAGAUUGGAUUAGGGCCCUUGUAGUAUGAUAAGAUAGCGGCAACAAGAGUAUUCGUUAUUAAAUUAUCAUAUUGCAUUUGUCCUAAAUGAACUUUAGUUAGGAACAUCUGGAUAAUAUUGUAAAGGAAAAUAUGAGGCGGUUACACGAGCAACUGUGAGCCUGUAUAAUAAUAGUAGUGAUUCCUAAGCAUAAAAGCAGUAUGAUAUACAUAGAUAUUUUAUAAGUGAAAAAUUAUCAUGUACGUUUAUUGCUUAUAGAGAAUAAUAAAUUCUGUGUCAUAGUAGACAAGAAUAUUUCUUACGGUAUAUCCUUUCCUGGAUUCAAAAAUCUUACAAUAUUAAGAACAUAUUAUUUAUUGUAAUUUCGCUAUAUGAGUUUUAAUUGUUAUCAGAUUAAUAUGCCUGACCGAAGGGACAGUUGUGCAAAUUUUUCAAAUUUUGUGAUCGUGUCUACUGUUUUGUAAAGUGAGUCCAACCCAAAAUUAAAUUGUAUGCUAACGUUUUAUGUGGGUGAUACUAUAAAGGGUAUAUAAUAAAAAGAAUUAUAAUAUACAA